UCGGGCCGCAAUCCCCUGUCACACGCGUACAUACCAUACCAUUCCAAACCAUACGAUACCUCCUUUUUUUUUUUUUUCCUCUCCUCCUCAACUCUACGCCGACUCGCUAUAUUUCGCUUCAUCUUCAAACUUCAUUUCUUUCUUCUCAUUAUUGAUUUAUUUCUCCCAACUUCUCUCCUCUCCGCGCCUUUCUGCUGCCUGUCCUCUCUGCAGCCCCCGCCCUUUUGUUUGGCGUCUUCUUCUUCUUCCACUUCUUCCGCUUUUUCCUCUUCUUCUUGUCACUCCUUCAUCGGUCCCCGUUUCCCUACCACUUUUUUUUUUCUCCCUCUUCUCCUUAACAAUUUUUUUCUUUCUUUUUUCUUUUUGGGUGUGGCUCUGCCUCUGCAGAUCGAUUGGAUCGCCAUUUGGAUCUGAACAGCAUACUACAUUACAUACCGUUAUAUAUAAAUUCCCGCAUUUAAACCCUGUCGCGCCGUGAUCAAUUUUUAUUAUUUUAUUUGUGUACGAUUAUAUGUGUAUGCGUUUGACUGAAACUACUCCUUGCAACGCUCUCACCCUCGAAAACUGCCAUCUCCUCCUGUCAUCUUGACCAUAACACACACACGUCUCUUCGAUAUGUCGUUCGACCUCGGCUCCAUCCCAAUUCCAACCCUCGACCGUCCGUUCGGCAUUGAACUAUGGCCGCUCUUCUCCAAGGCUUACACGGCAGUCGCGGGGUUCUCGCCGGAAGACUUUAAAUUCACUCAAGGCCAGACUCCCAUGUCGACCUUGAACGGAACCCUCAUUUCCCUCGCGUCCUACUAUAUCAUCGUCUUUGGCGGUCGAGAGAUCAUGAGAAACCGCCCCGCGAUGAAGUUGAAUGGUGUUUUCCUCAUACACAAUCUAUACCUGACCUUGAUCAGUGGAGCGCUACUGGUUCUGUUUAUCGAACAACUUCUUCCGACGCUGUGGAGGAACGGCGUUUUUUAUGCUAUUUGUGACGUUAAGGGUGGUUGGACGGAUCCCCUGGUUGUUCUAUACUAUUUGAACUAUCUCACCAAAUACCUGGAGCUCCUCGACACCGUCUUCCUCGUCCUCAAGAAGAAGCCUCUUACUUUCCUCCAUACCUACCACCAUGGUGCCACAGCUCUUCUGUGCUACACGCAGUUGAUUGGUCACACAGCUGUCUCCUGGGUGCCCAUCACCCUAAACCUCCUGGUCCACGUCGUUAUGUACUGGUACUAUUUCCAGAGCGCCCGGGGCAUCCGCAUCUGGUGGAAAAAAUGGGUCACCAUCCUCCAGAUUGUACAAUUCGUCAUUGACUUGGGAUUCGUGUACUUCGCAUCCUACACCUACUUCACAUCAACCUAUUUCCCACACAUGCCCAACGCAGGGCACUGCGCCGGCGAGGAAUUCGCCGCGUUUUCCGGUCUAAUCAUCCUUUCGUCCUACCUCCUCCUCUUCAUCUCCUUCUACUUUGCCACAUACAAGAAAUCAGGCAAAGCUGGCCGCCCACGCAGAAAUACCGGCAAGCAGGCUGUGAUUGAUAUGCGCAAUAUGGAGAUUCCGUCGGUUGGUGGAAAGCCUGCGGCUGUCACAACGACGGCGACAACCAAUGGCACUGCCAAUGGAAAUGGCCAUGCCUACGCGACGAACGGAUCUGCGGUUACCUCAGCGCGUUCGAAUGGUGGCCCCGUCACACGGUCGAGAAAGGCCUAGGUAUAAAAGCAAAGUGAGCGUAGGGGCUUGCUUUGCUUUUUUGUUUUCCAAAGACAGAACGAAGAAUUCAAGUAGGAGAAGAUAAGGGAGGGACACACUGAACUAAAACACGGGAAAACGAACACGGAGUGGGAAUUAUUGAAGCAAAGAAGGAAAAUUAGCUUCUCUGCCGCUAAAUUUUUUUUUGAAAUCCGACACGCCUCCCUUGCCCCCAGUCGCCAGCUACCAUAUAAUGAGUGCAGAUCAUUUUAUUGUUUAAUUUUUCUCUUUUUUUUAAUACUUACAUUUACAUUGCCUUUUGGUCGAAUCUAAUCAAUUGAUCAUUGUCGCUUUUCUUCCAACCCCGCUGUGACCAAUUUCAUCACUUGUCACUGAUUGAGAUGAUUUUUUUUUUUCAUUUUUUUCACUUUUUUUUUUCCCCCCUCUUGAUAUAACUUCUGAAUUAUGAGGUUUGAGGUUUGGAAAUAAUACUUCUUUAAUACCCAGUUCGUUCUGGUGUUUUUCUUUCCUCCUCUUUUUUGCCACGGAUUUCUUUCAGGUGAUUUUUCCUUCCAUGUGCUGUAUUCCUUUAGUUUUUAUUUUUCACCCUUCUCAGAUUCCCUCCAUCCAUUUUUUUUUUUUUUUUUUUUUUUACCCUUCACUUGGUUUCUUGCUUGGUGCUUAUUAUUUCUCUCUGCUUGAACAUAUCGACGACGUCGCUACAUCACAUAUCAAUCAAAUCACACACAUAUAUCACCUACCACAUAUUUUUCUUUGUCUUUUUUUUUUUUUUUAAUUUUUUCUUCUUUCUAUUUUUGCCUUGCCUUUAAAACUAUAUAAACGCGAGGAAGAGGGAUAAACGGAUAAAAAAAAUACCAACAAGUAUUGAUGUAUUGAUUAUAUUAUGAUUGGGGUUGCACAUGCCUUCUUUCCCUUUGUUUUGACUAUCUUACUAUGAUGUACAUGUACAUAUUCUUGUUGGAUUUUGAUGUACUUUUCAACCUUCUUUCUUUUUUUCUCCUUCUGUACUGUUGAACUACUGGGAAAGGGGAUUCUGUUUGGUAGGUUCGAUGAUACUAAGCCCGCAAUCCCAAUCAACUCAAUUGGCAACCAUUCUCUCAGCCCAACGGACAAGAUGAACCGCACGCGACGAGGCCGUUGUUGACAAUGAGCUCCCCAUUCCAUGUCCUUACGCGCUGAAAUCACCACGCACAUUCAUUCUCCCAAAUCCCUACCCACUAUUCUUCCGAGUUUUGGAUUCCACCCACCCUUCACAUCCCAGAUACCUAUGUUCCAGAUUCAGAUUCAUUUUUUACUCGUUCCUCCCUACCUCGCCUAUCCAGCUACCUCUCAUCGCCCACAUCACAUCGCAACGAUGGUGCAACGACAUUUCGCUGUUGAUGGGCUAUGGGUGGAAUGCAAUGGAUAUUGAAAGGUGAGAGGGGAGUGGGGAUGGGGUUUCUUAUCUCCAUACCUAUGUAGGUGUAUUAUUAUAUAUCAUUGAACGUACAUCAUUGUGAGUUCUGAGAAAGGCCCGACGCCCACCUUCCGUCUUCAUGCUUUUUUUGCUCUGGUGGGGCGCUCCUCAUGUCGCUUUCAUUUUUAAAUUAUGCUCUGGUUAUUGGUGUCUUGGGUAUCAUUUUAAAUUGCGAUGUCUAUUUAAUCUAAUGUUACUUCUAUUUGCCUGGCGUUAACCUGGUACAACUCGCUCAAAUGCUUCGAUGCACGGUAUGAUCUUUAGCUUUUCUUUGCUGUUUUUUUUU